GACAGAUUUCGCUAACAGGCGGUUAGGAUUAUAUGAGUUUGUUAGUUAAAUAUGAAAUCAGAGUCAAUGAUAAAUGGACAGUAAUUUUGAAACUUUGUGGAAUUGUCGGUAUGAAUAUAUAAUUGCAGAAAAUUGUGGAAAAUUGGUAUUGAUUUGUAGUUUCACCUGUAAUUUAUAUAAAGUGUUCAAUAGAAAAAAGAACUGUUUUAGAUGUAACGAAAUAAUAGAGCUGUUACAAGUGGGGUAAUUACAACGCCAUGGUUACGUUGAUAAUGUAGCGCUGAUAACGUGCCCCGCAGGAAUACACCAGCAGACUCCGACAGUGUUGUAAUACAACUGCAGGGUAAUAAUCAUGUGUUGUACUGGGUUACUUUGAAGUAGCGACAGUAGUUCUGAGAGGAGAAAAAACAAAUGCAUUAAAUAGCAUUUACGAAGGAGACAUAAUUUCUGGUAUAGUCACAGGUGAAAGUGUGACAGAGAGACGCUAGACAAAACAUGUGUGGGUGUUGUGGCGGUGGAGAUGAGAAUGAAGAUAGAGUUGACUUGCAGCAUCCAGUCAAGAAUCGAGGAUGUACAGAUCUGCUUGUCCUCAUCUUGUUCGUUUUAUUCUGGGCAGGCAUGAUUUUUAUUGCUGCAUUCAGUAUCCUGCAUGGUGAUGCAUUCCGGUUGGUGUACGGCUAUGACAGCUUUGGAAACACAUGUGAUGCUGACAACUCGGACAGGAAGAUUGAAAAUGUCACGUUAUCUGGACUGAAUAUGAAGGGUCGUCCGUUUGUAUUCUUCAUGGACGUGAAGGACCCAUUCAGAUCAAAAUGUAUCUGCGUAAACAGAUGUCCUGUAAAAGAACUGGAGAAUAUUCACGAUGUACAGCUUUUCAGCAGGACGACCGGGUCGGAACUCUGUGAAUAUAACAUCAAUGUUAGUGAUUAUCCUGAGCAGAGAAUGUCAAAAAAAGGACCGUGUCCAGUGACACCAGUACUUGCCAGUCGACCCCUCCUGAAUAGAUGCAUUCCCACCAACUUGAUCUCGCUCGCAUCCAAUGUAUCUUCUGAUAUCAUAAGCUUUCUUAACACGAGUGACUUAUUCCAGAAAGUUCUCAGCGAUCUGUACACUAGUUGGAAGGAGAUGCUGGUAUUAUGUUUCGUUGCCGUAGCAUUUUCUGGAGUUAUGGUCUUAUUAAUAAGAUUUCUAGCAUCUGCGAUCGUCUGGGUUAUACUGGCGGUGGCAAUCCUAGGAUCUAUAGCUGGUACAGCGUUCCUGUGGUGGACGUAUGUUGGUUUCAGAAAGAAACUGGAUGAGGAUGAAGCUAUCAACUUGCCAUUGUUAGAUGUUGAAAUAAACAGCGAACGAGCGUUCCUUAUAUACUCCAUCGUUGCCACAGUGUUGACAGUGAUAUUGUUGUUGGUGAUCUUGGUAAUGAGGAAACGUAUAGCUCUUGUUGUUGCAUUGUUUCACGAGGCCGGGGCCUGUAUAGCUGCGAUGCCGUGUCUGUUGCUACAGCCUGUAUGGACAUUCCUUAUUCUGAUGGGUUUCUUCAUGUACUGGGUGAUAAUUCUUGCCUUCCUUUCUACAGCAGAAAAACCAAGUAUGAAUUCAGAUGGAUAUGUGAAGUAUACAGAACACGAGACUGUAUCGUACAUGUGGUGGUAUCACUUGAUUGGUCUGAUCUGGACCAGCGAGUUCAUUAUCGCCUGUCAGCAACUUGUUAUCUGUGGAUCUGUCGCUACGUGGUAUUUCUCAAGGAACAAAGACAACCUUGGCUGCCCGAUCAUGGAUGCGAUCAAGUUGCUGGUAUUUCAUCAUCUAGGCUCGGUAGCAUUUGGUGCUCUUAUUAUCACUGCUGUCAAGCUGCCUAGGAUGAUACUCAUGUACCUUCAUAAAAAAUUAAAGGAUACUGAGAACAAGUGUGCAGAGUACUGUAUGAAAUGUUGUAUUUGUUGCCUCUGGUGCCUUGAAAAAUGUCUCAAAUAUCUCAACCAGAAUGCCUACACUAUAGUAGCUAUUGAAGGGACAAACUUCUGUAAAUCAGCAGUGAAAUCAUUUACAACAUUAGUAACAAAUGCUUUACGAGUUGCAGCAAUAAACAGUGUGGGAGACUUUAUCUUAUUUCUCGGUAAAAUUGGUGUGAUGGCCGCCACAGCUGCAGUUGGUCUUCUCUGGUUCAAGAGUCGUUCAGAUCUUCAUUAUUAUGCUGUACCUGUGUUACUGGUGUGUGUGUUCUCAUAUCUCAUAGCUUCUUCAUUCCUCUCCACUUAUGAGAUGGUUAUAGACGCAAUGUUGUUGUGCUUCUGUCAUGAUUGUGAUAUCAAUGAUGGUUCUGCUUCCAACCCAUACUUCGCUGGAGAAUCUCUAAUGGAUUUUGUUGAUGGUACCAGUAAGUCCCUGAAUGCAAUGAGAAUUGAUGAGAAGAGUGGCGAGGAGGGUGAGGCUGCACAGAUCUGAACUCCAGCAGAGUAACUGGCCCAAGGCCAGGGAGAAUGUUAGCUUGGAAAGACUGACUAACCAUGAUAUAAUACUCAAUAUUAAACUUCCAGGCUGUAAUCCUAUCAGCAUGGAUUUAGAUUAAACAUGACAUAGAACAGACCAGGUUUAGAGAAUAGAUACUUAAGUAUCACAUUAUGUUAAGAGAGUAUAUUUAGAAAAUCUGAACAAAAUACGCAUUUGUCGCAGUUGUAAACACAGUAGGAUUUCAUUAUAAGCGAUCUUUAGCAGCAAAUCAAAGGCAGAUAAGUGUCAGGCUAAGAAAUACAUAAUAUCAUGAAGUAGACUACAGAAGAGUUCACUGUACUAUUUAAUUGCAGGAUUUUUAAUAAGGAGCUUAAACAUGUUUUUAUGAUCAAGGUUGUGUUAAAUUUUCUGCCCUUUCUACAUUUUGCAAUCCUGCAAAUAUUUGAUCAAGUUAGUUUGGAAGAUCAGUAGGGAAAUACAAUUAUGAUAUGUUCAUUUGGAAAGUUACACUGUUCAGCUUUCUUAGAAAAUCUGACUGUAUCAUUUAGUUUCAUGCUAAGGAUAUUUUUGCCAAGUGAUGUUUGAAAAAAAAAAAUCACAAUUCUUGAAAUGAAGAAGUUAUAACAACAGUCUGUUCAUACAUUUAACAAUUAAUUCACUUAACAUAUAGAAUUAUAUAUCUUAUAUGUACAGCACAUCACCUCAAUAGCCUUUAAAGGGGAAGCAGCCAGAUAUAUAUCAGCUUUACAAAAGUUUUCCUGGGGGACCUGUAUGAUUAAGGUUACUGACUUCACACUGCUGUUUAAGACCUCGUUUUGGGUGUAGAAUUGUUUCAUGUUAAGAAGUCAUUUCACUGGCUUACGAAAGUGGGUGGUUCCGUCCAGGUGCCAGCGAUGCCUGAAAUAUUGUUGGAUGGGGCACAUGGAGUCUGCCUCCACCAUCAAAAGCUGGACAGUCAAGGUAUGACCUAUAAUCAUGUGAGUUUAGGUGUUUAACCUAAAAAACCCACAAAAACAUAAGUUUUACCUUUUGUUGGUAAUUUUAAAUCAAAAACAUUGUGAAACAUUUCUAUUACAAGUAAGGUUAUUCAGGCAAAACCUUUCAUUUGAUGUACAACAUGAGGCAUGCCCCUUUAAGAUUUUGUCGUGCCAGAUGAUUGAUCUUUUACCCUGCCUAACUAUUGUAUAGGGCUUUAAUUUUUUUUAAUACUAGAGACUUUAUAUUAAUUGACUUGUACAGAAUUACUGUUUGUAGGGCCUUUAUUAUCUUUUUUUUUCUAGAUAGUUUAUAGUGUGCUUUUGAUAUAAAUCAAUUUAAAAAGUUAUAAUAUUUAAUUGUAUAGUAGUCUAUUUGUAAAAAAAAUAUUACAUGCAAUUGUUAUUUUUGUUUUAUAGAAAAUCUUGAUAAAAUUGUAAUAUAAAAUUAAAGUGUAUAUAUUACUGGAAUGCCUGUUUAUAUAUGCGUCGUUCUCUUAAAGAGAUGAAGUGUUGUAUAUUUUGGCAAAUGUUAAACAGGUUGAGGAAAACCUAUUUUGAUGUUAGUGAAUUUUUGUACAUACACGUGUUGUGACAGCUUAAAAGUUGUAUCAAACUUGGCAUGAAUUUUGACAUUUUCCAAAUAAGUCUAGAGACGGCAACUUGUUGUAUAUUUUGUAUUACAUUUAUAAGAGAGGGAAUAUUAUUAUAAAAUAAUAUGUUCUUCGUAACAGCUCAGCAGGGUUGCAUCAGACUUUAAAUGGAAGUAGAAAUUCCUUCAUUUUAGGAAGUCUAUUCUAUUAUUUAAGCACUCGCAUACUUUUUGUAACUAUCCAACAUUGAAUAAAUUUUGAUAUUUUCAAAGUGAAUCUAAAAGUUUAUAAUGUAGAUAUUGCCAUAUGUAAUUGUACUGUGGGAAUACUUACAUACAUCUUCUCAUUAAGACAGUUUUGCCGAGUAUAAUCAGACUUUGAAUUUAUAGCUAAGGAAUAAAUUAAGUAAUAUUAAAUCUUUGAGUAGGAUCAGAAAUUUAUUUUUUAUGAGCUUAGACAACUAGCAAACACUGCUGUUUCCAUUGCACACAAUAUAUACAAUUAAAAUAUUUGGUAAUGACUCAUAUGGUGAAGUAUGAUCUUAGAUGAAGAUAUUUGAUUUUCAAAGUACUUGAAUCAAGCUACUUUUCAGAAUAAUUUGGAAACUUUCUACAGUUAAGUAAUUUGUUAGCUCAUUUUGACAGCGAAACCGAAAGAGUUUUGUUUUAUCGGAUUGUUCUAGACUAUUACUGUCAGACAUACAAGCAAAAAAUUGAUUUAUUCAUGUUACAUUUUUUGUCCAUAUAGUAGCUUCUCGAUUCAUUAAGUGUUACAUUUCGGAGACAUUGAUCAAGGGUUACAUCUAUUGUAGCUAGGAGACACCAAUCAUGUGCAUUACAUUUAUAAGACAUUUAUCAAAUGUUAUAUCUGUGAGACAUUUAUCAAGCGUUACAUAUGUGAGACAUUAUCAUGUUUUACAUUUAUGAGACAUUGAUCAAGUGUUUCAUCUGCGAGGUAAAGAUUAAGUGUUGCAUCUGUGAGACAUUGAUUAAGCAUUACAUCUGUAAGACAUGGAUAAAGUGUUACAUCUGUGAGACAUUGAUCAAGUGUUACAUUUGUGAGACAUAGAUCAAGCAUUAUGUCUGUGAGACAUUGAUUAAGUGUUACACCUGUGAACUACCGAUCAAGUGGUACAUCUGCGAGACAUUAAUCAAGUGUUACAUCUGUGAGGCAGUGAUCAAGCAUUAUGUCUGAGACAUUGAUCAAGUGUUACAUCUGUGAGUCACUGAUCAAGUGUUACAUCUGUGAGACAUUGAUCAAGUGUUAAUCUGUGAGACACUGAUCAAGUGUUACAUCUGUGAGACAUUGAUCAAGUGUUACACUUGUGAGACAUUGAUCAAGUGUUACAUCUGUGAGACAUUGAUCAAGUGUUACAUCUGUGAGACACUGAUCAAGUGUUACAUCUGUGAGACAUUGAUCAAGUGUUACAUCUGUGAGACAUUGAUCAAGUGUUACAUCUGUGAGACACUGAUCAAGUGUUACAUCUGUGAGUAAAUGAUCAAGUGUUACAUCUGUGAGUCAUUGAUUAUUGUUUCAGUUGUAUAUGCUAUUGUUAAACAUGUAUGUAUAUGUAUGUAUCAAGUAGGUAAUAAAAUAUAUUUUUGUAAUGUCUAAUGGUGUUGGUUACAUUUAAAAAAUGUGUAUUCACUUGUUGUAACAAUAUUAAACAUUUAAGGAACUAUUUUUUUUCUGGAUGAAUUCUUUAACAAAUUUCUAUAUAUUUUCUAUGAACCUUUUUGUUUCUGUACUAAUUUAGAAGGGAGACUUCAAAAUAUUCAUUCCAUUUCUUUAGCUUUACUGUUUUUAUACAUCAUUGAACAUCAGUAUGGAACUAUUUCUUGCAUUUCAUCAUACUACAUGGUAUUAUAUGAGCCGCGCCAUGAGAAAACCAACAUAGUGGGUUUGCAACCAGCAUGGAUCCAGACCAGCCUGUGCAUCCGCGCAGUCUGGUCAGGAUCCAUGCUGUUCACUAACAGUUUCUCCAAUUCCAGUAGGCUUUAAAAGCGAACAGCAUGGAUCCUGAAUUCAAUUUACUAAUGGUCACAAUGAAAUAUAUGAUUUUAUUGUAUCAUUUUACUAUACAAUGUAUUUAUGUGAUGUGUAAUCUUUAUUUUUUUUCUCUGGUAUUUGAUUAAUAAGAAACAACAACAGUGUGGCUUAUAUUUAUUAUAAUUAUUUACAGUAACUUAUGUUUUAGAUAUGAGCCGUGCCAUGAGAAAACCAACAUAGUGGGUGUGCGACCAGCAUGGAUCCAGACCAGCCUGCGCAUCCGCGCAGUCUGGUCAGGAUCCAUGCUGUUCGCUAACAGUUUUUCCAAUUCCAAUAGGCUUUAAAAGCGAACAGCAUGGAGCCUGACCAGACUGCGCGGAUGCGCAGGCUGGUCUGGAUCCAUGCUGGUCGCAAACCCACUAUGUUGAUUUUCUCAUGGCAUGGCUCAUAUAUUUUACAGCAUCAAGUCUGCUUCAUAUGUUAUUAUUGUGAAACCUGCAUCUGAAUCAAUUGCUUACACAAUAAUUGUUAUAAAAUAAAAAAAAUCAUUGCA